AUGAUAUUUUAAUCGUUGAUCUUUAAGAAAUCGGAGAUGUAUUAGCCCCUAUUGAAACAACAUCAUUAUUUGAUUAAGCUAGAAAUUUAAAAAGAAAUGAAUGUAUAAAAUAAGUGUAAGAAAUUUUAUUAACAUCAACAUAAUUAUAUUUUGAUGUAGCAUCAACUCUCCUUCAUUAAUAUGAAAAUUUAGAUAUCUGAAGAUAAAUUAGCUUUUGUUAAUGAUCUUAAAUUAUCUCUAGUCAAUUAAACUUUAUUAAUAAAUAUCAAUCAACAAAACUUUUCAGUUAUCUUAGCCAUUGUAUUAAGAUUAUGUAUUAAUAACAAAUUAAUUUUCUUAUUCUACAACAACUGAAAUUUAUUAUAAUAUCUAUUUAAAUAGCCUGCAACUUAAUCUGAAAUCUGUAACAGUUCAUUGGGAUUUGAUGAUAAUCAAUUAACAAAAUCAUUACAGUAAAUUUUAGAUGUACUAUUACAUUCUAAAGAUACAGAAUAAGUAUUGUUAUGUUUAGUACACGUGUUUAAUGAUCAUUUACCUAUGGAUUUCACCAAUGAAAUAUAAAAAAGUAUUAUAAUAUAUAGAUUGGUAUUUUAGAUGAAAAAUGAUGUUAAGACUAAAUUUGAAAUGUAUAGAGAGAUUAAUUUAUAGUGAAAAAUUGCAUGUAUUUGGUAUUUUAAUCGAAAUACUUAAAUUCUUUAAAUGCCAUCCUCCUGAAAACUUAAUUGUAAUAUUAAUAAUAAUAUAUAUAUAAAAUAGGAAGGAUUACCUUCAAUUAAAGAACUUGAAUUAUAUUUUAGAUAAAUGAAAAAAAUUACUGGCAGUUUAUUGAAUAAUAAUUUAAAAGAAGGAAAAGAAUUCUUAGAAUUUGUUUACAGAAAAAAUAAUAAAAGCAUCUUUUUAGAUUAUGUAAAAAGUGUAAUUGAAAAAAAAAUGAUGUUUAAUAAUUAAUUUGAUAUUAGAAUUUACUAACUAUAGUUAGAAUUAAAUUUGAUCAUAUAAAAUAUCUUCUUGACUAUCCUAAAUAGAAAAAGCUAUUUCGAUAUGCUUAAAUAAGAUUUGUUAAUAAUAUAUUAACGUUUUUAUAGAAGUUAUACAUUUUUUUCAUAUGAUUUAUAUAUAAUUAUUAUGUAAUAAAUGUUUCUUCCAAAAAAGGACACUUAAAGAGGAUCUUUUGUUGCUAACACGCCUUUAUCUCCAAGAAGUUAAACUUCAAGGAAAAGCUCUUUACUAAAUAAAUAAUCAUUUGAAUAAUAAGAACUUCAUUCUUCAAGAAGGUUUGGAUUAAACCUUAAAGAUCCUUAAGUAUUGUAUCACUAUUUAUUUAUAAGAAAGUUGAAGAAAUGAUUAAAAUUAGAUAGUAAAGAUUACCUAGAAAAGAAGCAACAAAAGACGGUGAAAAAGAUCUUAGAGAAAUAUCUAAAGCAUACGAUGUGUUAAAAAUUGCUUUACCUGAAAUAAAUAAUAAUAAUAAUGGCGUUAUAAAGGAUUAAGAAUUGCUUUAGUUUUAUAAACAAUAAAUAGUUAUAAACUCAACCUUAAUUAUUAAUCAAAAAAGUUGA